GCAUGGCCACUUCCGGGAAAUGACAACUGGAGAUGUCAAUAUCAAAAUCUUGCAUAAAUAUCAUUAGAUGUACAAUUUGUAUGCCAUUUCGUAUGCUGAAUAUGUGGUGGAAGACAAAUCUAGCGAAUUCCAUAAAUAGAAUCAACGCAUUAAGUCGGUCAAGAAAGAUUAUUCUAGGACUUUUUGUACUGUUGGUAUUUCUGUACUAUAUUGGACCAAAAUUAUUCGGAUUUGGAUCCAAGAAAUCCUCACCAUUAGUUGAAAGUGUUUGUCUAAACAGUAAACUUACACCAUAUAGGAAUGGGUUAGACCUGCUAGAUAAUGUCCUUAACUAUGUACCAGAAAUGACUACACAGAAAAACUACCCCAUGUAUGUAGGCAAUGGUUACAUUGCGGCAUCUUUUGACAGUCAGAAUGGACUUUAUAUACGUCUGAACAGGGCUUUAUCAUUACCAGUGCCUUAUUACCCAAUAGUCGGUACAAAUAUAGAAAGAGUGUCCAGAGAGGAGGUGGACGUUCUACAGCUGAGACAAGGCAUUGCUAACAGAUUGCAGAUUUUUAACGCUAGAAAAGGCUGUGUGUCGGUAGAGUCACAGCUGUAUGCUCAUAGGUCACGACCUUCCUUGAUGAUACAAGAAUUACGUCUGCAUAAUCCCACCACGGCAGACGUUUAUGUGGAUUUCGACCAAGUUCAAGCAUCGGGAUGGAAAGAUGUUCAACAAACUACUGCAAGUGAGAAAAAUUACCUAGGAACCAUGGUAACCUACACAGUAUCAUCAGGUAUGGUUAAGAUAGACAAUACAGAGGAAGAUUUGUACGUCGGUGUCACGGUGGCCUCAACACUCGUCAAAGAUAAACAGGAGGAAAUUCCAAGUGGAAAAUAUUCAAAACAGGUUAUAUAUACAGUGGUACAAUAUACAAAAGCAGGCACCUUAAUGGAUGUUAAAGGAAUGAUGGGUGACCUGGAUACUAAAUGUAAACAGGAAAUGAACUCAGCACUGCAGACUGACCCUGAAACAUUAAAAGACCAGCAUACAUCACUGUGGGAAAAGUUAUGGUUGAGUGGAUUUAGUAUAAGUUAUUCUAGAGCGGCCAACAGUCUGAACGGAGACAAAAUUAACAGUACGAUAUACUAUGUUCUGAGUAACGUGCCUGCACCUUUACACGACCCACAUACCGUGAGAGAGGUAGAGUUGGAACUGAAGAAAACUUUACAUUAUCCUGACAAAUGUUACAGUGGCCAUACUUCAUUACAUUCCAACACAUUGUGGGUUGAUCCAGUAGAUGAAGAUAGUAUAGCUAGAGUUGUCACUACAUGGAUCAUCACAUUAGAGAAGCAGGGGUGUCAGCGUAUGAUAGCUGCAGGCGUUGAUGGAGUGUUACAAGCAAUGCUGCUCAGUAUUGGCUCGUUAAGAUUCGGUCACGAGCAUCUAGAAAUGGGUCUUCAUCCACAAGACACGCAUCGUGACUUUAACUUUCACAGAAUUAACUAUGGGAAUAACACUCACCUGAACAUAUCAGUGCUGGUGGGUGAGGAUAAUAAAGCGAAUAUUUAUGUCUCGUUAGAUCGUAACGAUAAACCGUAUUAUGCAUGUGACGCAGGUUGUUUGGAUCCACCGACCCAAUUAAGUAAAGAACGUUCAAAGUUCCCCGUCAAGUUGACAGACCCACUGACUGCUAUUUUAUAUAUCACUGCUGAUAAAGUACACAUGGAGGAAUAUAAACAUGCUAUACAUGUUAAAGAAAUAGUCGAAGCACCAGCACACGAGCAUCAUGUGAUAGCAUUACAUAAACACGGACAUCAUUUUGGCGGACUGCCAAUUAUAUUCUGGGUAUCAAUUGCAUUCCUGGUCAUAGUGUUCCAUCUAUUCUUAUUUAAACUUAUUUACAACGAGUAUUGCCAGGCCACAGAACGAUUUACAAAAAGUCGCUAUAAUUUAUAGCAGUGCUGAUAAUUUAGUUCAAGGAAUGUCUGAAGGGACAGGAAGAGACCUUGUAAAACUUGCAAUCUCUUAAUCUCUUAAGUAGCAAGGGAUUCAGUCAAUAUACUUUCUCUGUAUUCUACAAAAUAUCAAUCUCGGGUGAGAUAAAAUUUCAAUCCUGGACGUGAUUGUUUAUGGUGAAAUAGAUCAUUCCAUCUUAACAACACAUUAGCUGUUUUUUCAUUGGAGAAGGAAAACUGUAGAGCUUUUGUUAUUAAUGUGUCUCUUUAAACGCAGUGUUCUUAACAUGCAGUAGAUAAAUGAUGUGUACUAUAACUCAGAUGAAAAAAUGAACACUAUUUAGGGACGUUCCUGGCCGAGUGGUUAAGGUCGUUGACUUCAAACCACUUGCCCCUCACCACUGUGGGUUCGCAUCUAGAAAGGGACUUUGGAUUCUUUCAUGUGAGGAAGCUAUCAAGCUAGCUUACGGUUCUACUCAGGUGCCCGUUCAUGCCUGAAAUAAUGCACGGAAGGGCAUCUGAGGUCUUCCUCCACCAGUAAAGCUGGAAUGUUGCCAUAUGACCUAUAAUGUGUCGGUGUGACGAAAAAUAUUUCAGUGAUUUUUUUCUACUUUGUAAUCAUGAUUUCUGCAAGCGUCUAGAGGUACUGCUCCAAACCUGUAUUGGGUUAAAAUCCAUUUACUAGGACAAUUUGAUGUAUAAUAUCUAGUUAAUUUAUGUUGAAUUUUAAAUGAUAUGAGUUCAAUGAGUUUAGCAAUCCAUUGUUUAUUGAGCUGUCAAUUUCCAUACAAACAAGUGUGUACACUUGAAUUUAUUUUUCUAGUCUUUUCAUUUAAUAUCUUUUCAUCUCAUAUGAUUUAAUUUGAUUAGGACAUUUUUUUCUCCUCACACUUUAGAAAGUAGUAGAUAAGAGUAGAUAUAGAUAAAACUACUUAAAUAAAUGGGUUAACUUCAUACACUUGUUCUGGGUAAUUGUAUAAGAUUUUGGGUAUAGGUCCCGUAACUCUUGAGUUACCUUCUUACAGAGUUAUGCCCGAUUUUUACUGUCAAUCACUGAGAAUAGUCGAGCGUGCUGUCUUAUGGACAGCUCUUGUUAUCUGAACAAUUAAAUACUGUUGGCUGCAGUACAUGUACAAAUUUGGACUGUUUUCUUUCUUCUUUUUUAUUUUCAAAACAUUUUUAGGGUAAUGCAUAUAAUGCAUGUAAAGGUAGUCUUACUGCAAUGCUUUCCCGCCAAUAAAUUUCUAACAUCGGCCAAUAUAUUAAUAUCAGAGUAAUUCUUAAAAAGCUUUCUACUCGAUCUGUAAAUUUUAUUUUAUGUACCUUAUUAUGUAAAUGUAUGGAUUAUUAAUAAAUAUUGUUUAAACUAAUAUCGUAAUAAAUUGGUCAUUUCCAGAAAGUUAUAGUUAACAAUCUUUGGUAUUCAAUACUUUUUUACCGUUUAAAGCCUGAAUUUAGUAUAUAGCGAUAAAGGAUGAGUGAUUGUAAAUAAUCUAAUGCCCAAGAUUUUGAAAAAAUAAUGUUCCGGAAUAACCAAUUUGCUACGAUAUUGGCCAAUGUUAGA